AUAAACGUUUGGCUGCCUCCAGGGCUGGGUGAACGCGUGGAGAUGGCUGUGGGGUCCCGGACCGGGCCGGGUUCCGAGUGCGAAGACCCAGGCUGGGGAACAGAGCGGGACCCCUCCCCCCGGCCCCGCGCCCGAGGUCUCACUCAGAAAACCCCAACAACAGUGAGGACUCCGCCUCUUCGCUCCUCCUCUCCUGUGCUUAGUGCGGGUUCGCCUGGACACUAGCUUUCCGCUCCUACCGCCCUCCCCCAGUCGGGGUGGCUGGGCCAAAGUUGAGAGGUUAUCAGCUGUGGUCCUGCAGCUUGGGGGGUAGGCGGAAUGGACAUGGCAUUGUGACGUGCUGCCCCGGACUCCCCGUUGGGGUCCCCAUCCAGGCCUGGAUGUUUUGUGCUCCUCUUCCAGAAGACAGGAGAACAGCGGAGAGGGGCAGCAGGAUGAAUGUGGGCACAGCACACAGUGAGGUGAACCCCAACACGCGGGUGAUGAACAGCCGUGGCAUCUGGCUCUCCUACGUGCUGGCCAUCGGUCUCCUCCACGUCGUGCUGCUGAGCAUCCCCUUUGUGAGUGUCCCUGUCGUCUGGACCCUCACCAACCUCAUUCACAACAUGGGCAUGUAUAUCUUCCUGCACACGGUGAAGGGGACACCCUUUGAGACCCCGGACCAGGGCAAGGCGAGGCUGCUAACCCACUGGGAGCAGAUGGAUUAUGGGGUCCAGUUCACGGCCUCUCGGAAGUUCUUGACCAUCACACCCAUCGUGCUGUACUUCCUCACCAGCUUCUACACUAAGUACGACCAGAUCCAUUUUGUACUCAACACCGUGUCCCUGAUGAGCGUGCUCAUCCCCAAGCUGCCCCAGCUCCACGGAGUCCGGAUUUUUGGAAUCAAUAAAUACUGAGAGUGCAGCCCCUUCCCCUGCCCAGGGUGGCAGGGGAGGGGUAGGGUAAAAGGCAUGUGCUGCGACACUGAAGACAGAAAGAAGAAGCCUCUGGACACUGCCAGAUAUGGGGGUUGAGCCUCUGGGCCUAGUUUCCCCCCUCGCUUCCCCCAGUAGCCAACUUGGAGUAGCUUGUAGUGGGGUUGGGGUAGGCCCCCCGGGCUCUGACCUUUUCUGAAUUUUUUGAUCUUUUCCUUUUGCUUUUUGAAUAGAGACUCCAUGGAGGUGGUCAUGGAAUGGGCUGGGCUCCUGGGCUGAACAUGGACCACGCAGUUGCGACAGGAGGCCAGGGGAAAAGCCCCUGCUCACUUGUUUGCCCUCAGGCAGCCAAAGCACUUUAACCCCUGCGUAGGGAGCAGAGGGCGGUACGGCUUCUGGAUUGUUUCACUGUGAUUCCUAGGUUUUUUCGAUGCCACGCAGUGUGUGCUUUUGUGUAUGGAAGCAAGUGUUGGAUGGGGCUUUGCCCUUCUGGGUAGAAAGCUGUCUAAUCCAAGUCCCAGGCUUUUAGCAGCUUCCCUGCAACCCACCCUGGGUCCUGGUUGGGAGUGGGGAGGGUCAGGUGGGGGAAGAUGGGGUAGAGUGUAGAUGGCUUGGUCCCAGAGGUGAGGGGGCCAGGGCUGCUGCCAUCCUGGCCUGGUGGAGGUUGGGGAGCUGUAGUGGGGCUAGUGAGUCGAGACUUAGAAGAAUGGGGCCACAUAGCAGCAGAGGACUGGUGUAAGGGAGGGAGGGGUAGGGACAGAAGCUAGACCCAAUCUCCUUUGGGAUGUGCGCAGGGAGGGAAGCAGGCUUGGAGGGUUAAUUUACCCACAGAAUGUGAUAGUAAUAGGGGAGGGAGGCUGCUGUGGGUUUAACUCCUGGGUUGGCUGUUGGGUGGACAGGUGGGGAAAAGGCCCAUGAAUCAUUGUAAGCACAGGUCCAACUUGGCCCUGAUUCCUGUGGGGGUACGGGGAAGCUGUGACAGAAACGAUGGGUGCUGUGGUCCUCUGCAAGCCCUCACCCCUUAACUUCCUCAUGCAGACUGGCACUGGGCAGGGCCUCUCAUGUGGCAGGCACAUGUGGCACUGUGAGGCCACCCCACGUGGGGUCUGUGGUGAGAGUCCUGUAGGAUCCCUCCUCAAGCAGCACAGAGGAAGGAGCAAGGCGUGGCCUGUAGGCACUGUCUCAGCCUGCAGAGAAGAAAGUGAGGCCGGGAGCCUGAGCCUGGGCUGGAGCCUUCCCUCCCCAGCCGGAGUAGGGGCAGUGUUAAUUUUGAAAAGGUAUGGGUCCCUGUGUCCUCUUCCAGGGGUCCGAGGGAACAGGAGAGGUCACUGGGCCUGUUUUCUCCCUCCUGACCCUGCAUCUCCCACCCCAUGUAUCAUAGGGAACUUUCACCUUAAAAUCUUUCUAAGCAAAGUGUGAAUAGGAUUUUUACUCCCUUUGUACAGUAUUCUGAGAAACGCAAAUAAAAGGGCAACAUGUUUCUGUU